GAUUUUUGUUAUGGGUUUUAGCAAAUGUGUGGAUCCCCAUCACUAAGAGACGUGUUAAAACCGAGCAAUAAUCUUGCUCUAAUAGUGUUAGAUUUGGUUUCUAAAUCUAUCAAACCGCGAAAUAAACCAAAAACCGAAACCAAGAAAUAAACCGAACCGGAUAAACUCCCCCCCAAUUAAACCGAAUUUGGCAUCUACCCGAAACACUAAAACAAACCGAAUAGAUUCCCAUUUCGUCACACCACAGCGAUGCCUCCGUCGACGAAGUCCUUAACCGUCGCAGCGACCUCCCUACGAAACCGGAUCUUCUCCAGAUCCGGAUCCACAUCCGCCGGCGCGAGUCGAUGGGCGACGCCGGGUCACGAGGAGCGUCCCAAGGGCUUCUUCAUGAACCGUACUCCUCCUCCGCCUGGACAGUCGCGGAAAUGGGAGGAUUGGGAGCUUCCUUGCUACAUCACGAGCUUCCUCACGAUCGUCAUCCUCGGUGUUGGACUCAAUGCGAAACCUGAUCUUUCGAUCGAGACUUGGGCUCAUCAGAAGGCCCUGGAACGGAUCGAGAUGGAGAGGCUCGUUGGAGAAUCUUCCGAUUGAGUGUGAAUGCUUUGAUUCAAUGGAUGGUGGAUAUCGAAUGAGUAUUUUUUUUUUUUUUUUUGAUAAUGAUUGUUGAAGAUGAAAUAAGUGUUUUUAAAAAACUGUUUAUGA